AUGAGCCUGCUCACGCUGUAUGUGUGCAGUUCCUCACGAAGCAUAAGAGACGACCUCUCCCCUGCUCACUCGCUUCUGGUCAUCCGACCUUUAUCCUGCGACAAUAUUCGCUUUGACAAGAUGAGCGAGUUCGAGUACAAGCUCCUUUACUCGCGAGGGACCAAGCCUUUGAUGAGCGGCAAGCAUCUCCACAUCGAGCUUGAGACGACUGGCGUGCCUCCUGGCGGCGUCCGAUGGCGAUUCUCGACUCGCUACCGACCCAGCAAGCCGAGCUACCGCAACGUGCUGCUUCAAGCUAUCCUCGAGAUGUGCAAGAAGCACAAUCUCACUCCUCUCGAGAUCCGACCUCUGCAGGGCGGUCGCAGCCUUGUCGAUGUCAUCUUUGCCAACGGAGACGACGUGAUGAAAGUGUACGAGGGCGAGAUCACCUUCGACUUUUACGGCACUCAGCCGGAACUCGUCGACCGUGCCAUGCCUGACCGAAAGCAUGUCGCGCUGUGCAUCCAAACGCUGCCUGCUAGAACCAAUCUUCGAGCUCUCGUUCCUGCGCUGCAAGAACAUCCGCGAAUCAGCAAGGCCGGCACUGUCGUCGAUGUGUGGUCCGCCCACUGCUCCGAGUCGAAGCAAUUCAAGGGCAAAGUUCUCGUCCUACUCGAGCUCUUCACGCAGAACGGCGUUGUACCUCUCGAGACACGCGCCGCGAUCCCUGGCUGGUUCAGCUUUGACGGCGUUGCUUACCUGGUGCUCUUUCCUGACCGACCUGCAUGGUGCGUCCACUGCCGAUACGACGAACGUGGACCCUUUCACAGCAGGCACACUUGCCCAGCUCUUGUAUGCUCGACUUGCAAAAAGCAUGGGCACACUUCGGUGGAUUGUGGCAAACGUCAGAAGCAGGUUGCUUGCAAGAAGCCGGCCGGUAAAAGACGCGACGACGUAGACGACGAUGACAACGAGGAUGAUGAUGACGAUGAUGACGACGAGACGCCCAGAGCAGCUUCGAAGGACCGGGCGUCGAUGGAGCGUCGUUUCGCCGAGCUUGGAAUCCGCGAUGGCAGCGCCGAGGCUGACGAGCUCGCUCGCGACUUUGGGGUGUUGGCUCUGUCGGAGAGCGACAUCGGCGCCUAG